AUAAGUUCUGUUUCUAAGUGUAACUGGAAAAUAUAAAAAUGACGGACAUUAACGCGGCGAAGAAGGAAGUUUUAGAUGAAAUAGUAAAUAGGGGGAAAUUGGGAGACAAGAAAUUUCACUCGGAGACGUCGCUGCAACAAUUUGGUGAAGAUGAAGCGGCGGAUGCACCGGAGACACCUGCCGGAGACGAUCCAGGAGUCCAAAACACGUCUGUCAGUAAUGGAUCCAGUUCCGAAGACAUGCAAGGCAGAAGGCGCACCAUGUCACAACCAGGCCCGGUCUCCGGGAACCUGGUGACAGCCACCGCUGCUAGGGCAGCACGGCGGAGACCACAGAGAAGCGUCAUGUACCACCCUGAUAUUGCACGAAGUGAUUCCGCAAACGAGAGGCAAUCGCCCAGGGUUUUUAAUCUUAGUAGAGGAGAUGAGUCGGGAUCUGCUACACCUAUUGGUGACCGAAGCAGUCCGUUACCAUACAAUGGAAACCUCAAAAAUGGAGACGCAAAAUCAUUGAAUAGUUACCGCCUGUACAUGCCGCAGAGCGACAUGCGAGGCAGCGCGACUCCUCGCAAGAGAUCGGUAGCCACAAUGGACGCCCAGUCUAUACGCUCAGUAGAAACACACGCACCUCCUCCCACCAGUCCUGAGGAUAAUAAGAAGCUUACCACAAAGUACCUGACACUCAUUAUAAGCUGCAUGUAUGCAGUUCUCUUGGUCACUCUCGGCCUAGUGAUCUACCUGAGCGACUCCUUCAUCGACUAUUCCAUUUCCGAGAUUUAUUCCAUCAUUCUCUGCAGCGUUGGAAUGGUGUAUAUCAUGUACUUGCUUGUCGACAUAACGAGGUAUAAGUCGAUAGCAGUCAAAAAUCACAAAAUUAAAGCCAUGCACGAAGAGAAAGUUAUGGAUUACUUCAGAAAACAAGAGGAGCAAUUGGGUUCAAUAACCCCCGGAGACCGCACGCCUGAGUCAUCGUACAGAAUACCAGGGAUGCCACCCCCGGUGCUCAUCCCCACCAAGCAUGAAUACUGCUUCAGCCAGGGCCGGCAUUCUGGAAGCUUCUACCUUAAGAUGGGUGCUGCUGGUUUCGCUCUAGGCCACUUGGUGCACUCGCUGCUCCUACUAGCCGUUCAAAUAGGCCAGCUAGUAGACGAGAACCUGGAUAACGAUGAAUGUGUGAACAUCCUACAAGUAGUCCUCGACGUUAUGCUGCCUGCUUACUGCUUCCUCCAACUGUACUUCAUCUUCAAAUACUCCAACGUUAUCGUCUUAAGAGCACAGGGCUUGGCUCACUUCGCGUUCAUGCAUCUAAUCGGCAGCAGUCUGUGCUUCUGGAUAUCUGCAAUCGUUCGUGAGACGUUGUUGGGAUUGACGCUGUAUGCCAAUUCCAGAUAUGGCAGCGCAGACUACGCGAGCGAAACUGCUAAUGUCACUAUUCCUGAACAUGAUAAAUCGCUGGACCAAAGAUUCAUCGACGUUAGCAACCUAUACAACCCGAACUGCAACAGUACUGCAGCCAUUAGUUCGAUAUAUGAGAAUUUCUCGCCGUACCUCUAUCCGUUCAACGUGGAAUUUAAUAUUCUUAUUGUUGCCAUUUACUACAUCAUCUGGAGUAACAUCGGUAACUGUGACAACGAAGACAGCAACAAUUCUGAAAUUAACUCUAGCAGCGAAGACAACUACCACCUCUGCAAGAUUCCAACGGCAAAUGAAGACAAUGACUUCACAAGCAACAUCGUGAUCUAUGCUGACUGCCACGCCUCCAACCGUGGACUAUUCUUAGGACUCAUAGUCAUGGUAGUCGUCACUGGCAUGCUUAUUUUAGGCUUCGUCUUUAGCAGUGUUGGAGAUGACUUCGUGGAGCUAGGCUACCUGCUUACUAAUAGCACGAAGUUAGGCCUUCACGUUCUCCUACUAUUCGGAGUGGUGAUAGCCUUCAACCAGAUGCGUCAGCUGGACAUCAAUGAGCACCCAAUCUCACUCCUUGAUGAUGUGUUACUCUUCAUUUGUUUACCUGCCUUCUUUAUGGAGACUAUAUUCUCGUUGGUCGCAACUAUCAGCAUCACAAAUGUUGUGAAGAGUAUCGAUUUUGCAGUUAUGGUCAUACAAGUGCUGAUCCAAACGCCAUUAAUCAUGGAUGGCCUUCGCCGCUGCAGCAAUACCAAGAAGCUUCGCAGGAAGAAGCCAGGCCGAGAGAUCUUAAUGUUCCUCUUAAUCACCAACGUGGCUAUGUGGAUCUUCAACACUUUCUCCUACAAAUCCCCCGAUAGCCUCGACGAGAGAUACGAGUUCUAUGGAAAAGUGAUCUGGACUAUUCUGGGCCACGUUAGCUUGCCCCUGAUAAUGUUCUACCGGUUCCAUUCCAGUGUUUGCUUUGCUGAUAUCUGGGAUUCGGCUUACAAACCUGGUGCUGAACAUUAGCAUGUUAACGUAGUUCAAUUUAAUUGCGUACUUAGAAUAAUAAGAGCACACCAGUUCAUCAUCGUCAUUGGACAAAGCUAGACAUACAGAAAUAUCAUAAAAAUUUGCUAUACUAGUGUAAUAGGUAAUUAAUCUAUGAACUGUAAAUAAUUUAGUAUCAAUACAAGUAAUAUAUUACAAUAGUUAAGAGAUGUCAUUCAUUGUAUAAUUUAAUUCAAAUACCUAGCUCAAAUCAGUAAGAGAAAUGUAACAAAAAGGAAGAUUUUUUCAGUGUUAAAUAGCCCAUUUGUUGAGGUAAGGUAAAGACUAUUUCUUAUCCGAUUUUGAUAAGUAUUCGCCACGAGAAUCGAUGUGUGAAAUCACAAGUGGCAACUAGUAAGUUAGUAAUAAUUAAGUAAAUUUUUGAUAAGUGAAACUAUUGAUAGCGGCUGGACCGAUUUUUUUUAUGUACAGCUACUAACUUAAUUUAACUUAAGUAGAUUAAUUAAGAAAAAAAAAUAACGUUAAUUCUAAGUCACACAUUUAGAUACCUACAUUAUGUAUGAUUUUUAAUUAGUAAUUUUACACAAAUGUUUACAACUAUAAAACAUAUGAGAUAUAAA